GAGUUGCAGUGUUGGUUCUUCCCCACACACUGUUCCCUCUGUCCCAUAUUUUCUGUAAUUCUUAAUUUAUUUCAGCCUUUCCUCAAGCCCUCCAGUUGUGCUGCAUGGACAGAAGAGCGGGAAGAAGGAGACGCAGUGGGAUGAAGAACUAGAUUGGAGACUUGGGGGAAAAAUGACCAAUGCCCAGACGAGCCGUGCCCUGCGCUGAUUCCCAAACCUGUGAGCAAAUGGAUUGCUUUGAGAAUGGGAAGAUUUGUACUCAGAUGGGCUCCCAGCAGCACAGGGAGAGACACCUUCCAGAUGAUUGCAGAAACAGGAAAUAAUGGAAAUGUUACUACCAGCAGUGGCUGUCAGGUGACUGAGGCUGGCAGACCUGUCAGACGUCUCCGGAGAAAGAGAAGAUUGCCUCUGGAUUCAGAGGAUGAGGAGGAAAAUGUGUAUGAGGAUGAGGAGAAGAAUAAAUCAAAUAAUAUGAAAAGCCGCAGAAACACUAAACCAAUAAAACAAGUGCUUCCUGGAAAGAAGAGGGUAUGGAACUGGUCUUCCUACUUGGAAGAGGAACAGAUGCCAGCUGCUCCCCAAAAGCUGUUCAGAGAGUAUCAAUCAUUCCCACAAGGCCGAAAUGGAUUUAAAGUUGGAAUGAAAUUGGAAGGGGUGGAUCCUGAACACCCCUCUCGAUUCUGUGUUCUCACAGUGGCUGAGGUCCAGGGGUACAGGAUGCGACUGCACUUCGAUGGCUACCCAGAGUGCUACGACUUCUGGGCUAAUGCUGAUUCCUCAGACAUCCACCCUGUGGGCUGGUGUGAAAAAACAAGCCAUAAGUUGCUUCCUCCUAAAGGUUUCAAGGAGGGAGAAUUUAAUUGGACUUCCUAUCUGAAAAACUGCAAAGCUCAAGCAGCUCCAAAAAGCCUUUUUAAGACCCUCAGCAGUCCUGUCACACCUUCUGGCUUUCGCCUGGGAAUGAAGCUGGAGGCAGUGGACAAGAAGAACCCGUCGCUGCUUUGUGUCGCCACCAUCACGGACGUGGUGGAAAACCGGCUGCUGAUCCAUUUCGAUAACUGGGACGACAGCUAUGACUACUGGUGUGAAACGAGCAGCCCAUAUAUCCGUCCUGUCGGCUACUGCCAAGAAACUGGAACCCCACUGACAACACCACCUGGACACAAGGAUUCCAAAGCCUUCUCAUGGGAGAAAUACUUGGAAGAAACCAAUUCCCAAGCAGCCCCAGCAAGAGCCUUUAAACUGCGUCCUCCUCACGGAUUCCAGGUUAAUACGAAGUUAGAGGCUGUGGACAGACGAAAUCCCAUCUUGAUAAGAGUGGCAACAAUCGUUGACAAAGACAACCACCGUGUUAAGAUACAUUUUGAUGGCUGGGACCAUCACUAUGAUUUCUGGGUGGAUGCAGACAGCCCUGACAUCCAUCCUGUGGGCUGGUGUGACAAAACUGGACACGCUCUGCAAGUCCCUCUAGGUGCUGAAGAUCCAGAGGGAGCAGUGGGACAGGCAUGUCCUACCCCAGGCUGCCAGGGGAUUGGGCACGUCCGGGGCCCCCGAUACGGAACACAUUACACCUUAGUUGGCUGCCCAUACUCUGAUGUGAACCUCAGCAGAGAAAACCUGUUACAGGACCGGCUGAGUGGGGAGAGACCUUCCCCUGGGAGCAGCAUGCAGAAAGCCAGGAGGCUGGAGACUGCUGACCCCUUGCUGGGAGCAGAGGAGUCUUCUCAGGGCGACUCUGCACAAUCCAGAAAAUCUGCACCAGACAGUGAAAAGUGGUGUCAAAGCAGCAUCCACACUCCAUCAGAGCAGUCAGAAGGCAGUCGGGACAGAGGCUGGGGAGAUGAGGAUUCCUCUGCAGACAUCAAAGCCACACCAAAAACGCUUGGGUGCUCACAUGCCUAUAUCAAGUUUCAGCUGGUGAAACAGGAAAGCAAUGGGAAAGGCCCUGAUUUGGAUCUCCAGCAGGCUCUCCACCAGUCUAUCUUCAUGCCUUCCCUGGCCUCUAACCCGACCCACCGCCUCCAUCUCUUCUGGGAGCAACACUGCAGGCUCUUGCCCGAGGUCUCAGGCCUGACAGCCAAACAAGUUGCCAAAUGGACUGUGGAGGAGGUGGUGAGCUUUAUCCAGCGUUUACCUGGUUGCAAAGAACAAGCAUCUGUGUUCAGGGAAGAGCAGAUUGACGGUGAGGCUUUCCUGCUCCUCAAGCAGAAUGACAUCGUUAAAAUACUCAGCAUCAAGCUGGGCCCUGCCCUGAAGAUCUACAAUGCCAUCCUUAUGUUCAAGUCUGCAGAAGACAACUGAGAAGAGGCCUUUGGCAGAUCCAGGAGGAAUUGACAGGGAUUGGAUCUUCAGCUGUGAGCAUUACAACACACCAGACAGGUGGACUGGGACUCAGAUGUAUUUUAAGUAGAACUUAGUAAAAAUGGUUUGAGGUUAUAAAAAUCCUGCCACAGUCUGGAAUAUGGGGCAGCUUCACUUCCAAGAAGAGGAUAUUAUUAUAUUUUGUAAUUGAAUUUGGUUUUGAUAUAUCAAUCUCUUUUUGAGAUCGAGAAGAAACCUCCAGUUCUAAGGGGAAUCCAGGGUAGCACUGUGGAGCUGCACAAGCAAGAAGAAAGUUUUGAGACACUGGCUUUGUGUCCAGUGAUAGUGCCUGAAAGACUGAGUGAUCACCAGCGAGAUUAAUGUGUUCUUUGUAAUAAAAGAGAGAGGAAAAAGAUGCACUUCAGUGCAACUCCCCCGUAUCCUUCACUGCUGUGACUCAGGAGCUAACCUUUUCAAGACUGAUUGUUAAAUUCCAGUUUUUCCUACUGAUCCUGGUUGUUGUGAUGCCCUUGGCUGCUGGGCUGUUUACACCCCAGCAGGAAGGGGGCAUGGGCAGAGGGUUUCCAUCAGGGAUGGCUUGCACUGGUACUGCCAGCAAGUAAAGUGUCCUCGAUCCCUGUCAGGAGGCAGGGGCAGUGCAGGUGGGCUGUGGGUAGAUAAAGAUCCAUGAGGGCAACCGCUGCUGAAGGCAAAGAGAUGUGUUUUAGUUGUAAUUCUCCCAUCAGUGCUUUUGUGCAGCUCCUUCUCCUUCUGGGCCAGGAACAUCUUCUGGCAAAAUGACACAAUCAGGAGCACUUGAGGAUUGGUGUGUGUUCUUGCCCUCUCCACUGUCAGCCAAAUGCUAGGAACAGGAGUUGGAAAGCCAGCAGUGGCCAGAGUGUGCGUGUAAACAGAUUUCCUAGAAACAAAUGACUUUUCUUUUGAACCAUCCAAACUGAUGAAUGUGAAGUGCUUUGGUCUUCUCCCCUUGUGAACUUUGGUGUGUUCUGCCAGAGAGCUGGAGGGCAGGGCAGCAGCUCCUCUUCCUCUGGGAGGGGGGCAGGCAGAGCAUACAGGGAUGUAAGAUUGGAGAGGAAUCAGGAUUUAAACAGCAAAAUGUGGGAACAGUUACUUGCCAAAAGAGAGCUGCUGUGGGGGGGGAAGGCAGGGAGCCUGGGGCUGUGUUCAUGCAC